AUGAAAUAACUAAUAUUAGCAAUCUUAUUGAUCAUAGUCAAUUGUGGUAGAUUAACAGCUGACAUUUAUGUUGAAUCCCUUUGCCCUUAUUGCAUGAUGUUUAUUAAAGAUUCCCUCUUAACAGCAAUUACAACUCCUGAUAUAGAAUAGAUGGUUCAUAUUAGAUUAAUUCCUUAUGGAAAUACAAAGAGAAAAAUAGUGGAUGGAAAAUGGGUAUUUACAUGUCAACAUGGUGAAGUUGAAUGUUAUGGAGAUUUGAUUGAAUUAUGUGCAUAGGAUAGCAUAGUAAAAGCAUUAGGAACUGUAGCAGCAGAGAUUCCUAAAGCAGGAGUUGUUCAUUGCAUUGAAGAUUUUAUUUAAAAACCUUAUACAAAUAAUUCAUUUGUAGAAGCUGCAUAACAUUGUUAAUAAUAUUAUCCUUAUGAAGCUAAUGAGGUUAUCAAUUGUGCAAGUGUAUAUUUAUAAAUAUUAUAUGUCUUUAGAGUGCAUAUGGAGAAUUAUUGCAUUUGAUUGCAGCUGAUGAAACUGAUAAUCUAGUUCCUAAACAUAAAGGAGUUCCAUGGGCAGUUGCUAAUAAACAAUAUACUGAAGAAACUGGUGAUGAGAUUAUCAAUAAUUUGUUAAGAUGGGCAUGCAAUAACUAUGAUGGAGAAAAAAUUGCUGCUUGUUAUACUUAGCAGGAAUGAUUUAUUUAAAAUUAUUAUC